AUGAUUUCUCUACUUUCUUAUUCAAGCAGUGCUAACGGAUGGUUAAAUGGUUUGAUCUCAAUUUCUUCACAUCAACUGUUAUUGCUGAAUUUUAAGCAGCUUCUCUCAAGAUAUCCUCAUAUAAUUCAACUGGCCAACCAAAGUGAGGCUCAUCUAAAAAUUUUAAAUUUCCUAUUGAUAUUUAAAGAUAAUAUUGUAUCUGCCUCUAACUUAUAUGACCCACACUGCAUAUUAUAA